AAAUGCGAGCAGCCCAGUAGCUCAGUAGAGGAAGAAACCGGAGACGUCACAUAGAUGCAAGCAGCGGUAGCUGCCUCACCACUAAUCAAUCACACAACAUUAACUAUCUACUACCAGCUAACCUUGUCGCGGUCGAUAUAUUUCGUGUGCGAUUCAUCCUAAAUCCGAGUUUCUAUAUUAGCACUCAUCGAAAAAGAUAUUCGACGGCCUUGGAGAAGCGGGGAUUUGAGAGUUACCUAUUUAUUUGUUCCGCUCGCCUUGCAUCCUUCUGGCAGCCUUUUAGCAAGCGAGAACGCUCUCCUUAGGCUGGCGUCGGGCUAGCCAGCUAGCUAGCUACUCGCAUCGCUCACGGUGGUUAGCUAGCUAGCGAGCGAGCUGUGCUAACUUGCAUCAUGGAUGAAUUACUCGUGGAAGUAAGGGGAACAAGUGGUGCCUUUUAUAAGGCAUUUGUGAAAGAUGUCCAUGAAGGCUCAAUUACAGUUGCAUUCGAAAACAACUGGCAGCCAGAGCGCCAGAUUCCAUUCCAGGAUGUACGAUUUCCUCCUCCAACAGGGUUCUGCAAAGAGAUAAAUGAGAACGAUGAGGUCGAGGUAUAUUCUAGGGCGAAUGACAAAGAGCCAUGUGGAUGGUGGCUGGCUAAAGUUCGCAUGGUCAAAGGAGAGUUUUACGUUAUAGAGUAUGCUGCAUGUGAUGCAACAUUAAAUGAGAUUGUGACGCUGGAGCGGUUACGGCCCAUCAAUCCCAACAAACCAGCCACCAAAACUACAUUCCUCAAGAUCAGACUGGACGUCCCUGAUGAUCUACGGCAGAUGUGCUCGAAGGAAUCGGCACAUAAAGACUUCAAAAAGGCUGUGGGAGCAUUCAGUAUCACCUAUGACUCUGAGAAGAAGCAGCUGGUCAUCUUGUCAGUGAAUGAGAUCAGUGCUAAGCGGGCCAACAUGAUGAGCGACAUGCACUUCAGGAGCCUCCGCACCAAACUGUCUCUCAUGCUGAGGAAUGAAGAGGCCAGUAGACAACUGGAGAGUUCCCGACAGCUGGCGUCACGGUUCCAUGAACAAUUCGCAGUACGUGAUGAUUUAAUGGGGCUCGCCAUCGGGACUCACGGGGCUAACAUUCAGCAAGCCCGGAAAGUCCCUGGAGUCACCAAUAUAGACCUGGAUGAAGAAACCUGCACCUUCCAUAUUUAUGGAGAGGACCAGGAAGCUGUCCGAAUUGCGCGGAGUUUCCUGGAGUUCUCUGAAGAUGUCAUCAAAGUUCCCCGGAACUUAGUAGGCAAAGUCAUUGGGAAGAGUGGUAAACUGAUCCAAGAAGUGGUUGAUAAGUCUGGUGUGGUGCGGGUUCGUAUUGAACCAGAAAAUGAGAAAAAGCCAGCCGUUUCGUCAGGAUCAAUGGCAGCAGCAGCAGCAACAGCGUCAGCCUCAACAACAGACGAUGGAAUGGUGCCCUUUGUAUUUGUGGGGACCAAGGAAAGCAUCUCAAAUGCAACAGUACUGCUGGACUAUCACCUCAACUACCUUAAGGAGGUGGACCAGCUUCGUCUGGAGCGUCUUCAAAUUGACGAGCAGCUGAGACAGAUAGGAGGUGCAGGAGGUGUAGGCGGGACGGGCCCACGCAAUCUCAAAGACAAGAGCUACGUCUUUGAUAAUGGCACGGGCCUUGGGAGAGGUGCAGGAGGAGGGAAGCCCUAUGUAGGAGGAGGUCGAGGCGGUCGAGGACGAAGAGGAGGCGGUGCUGCUUUUGCUUCAGGCACCAACUCAGAGGCAUCCAAUGCUUCGGAGACUGAGUCAGAUCACAGAGACGAGCUCAGCGAUUGGUCCCUAGCUCCCACAGAAGACUUAAUGACAGGAGGUGGGACAUUGCCAAGACGGACAGAUGGGAGGAGGAGACCUGGUGGGGCAGGACUUCGAGGGCGAGGUGGAAGAGGAAGAGGAGGAUAUAAAGGUGAUGAUGUGCAGUGGAGCGACCCAAGGCCUCGUCAUAUCAGAGAGCCCAAGACGAGAGCGCAAGAAGACAACCUACAGAUUCGUGUUGAUGGGAACAACGAGCGUAGCGUGCAACAUUCCUCAGGCGGCAGAGGUGGAGGGGCUUCAUCACAGGGUGGGCACAGUGCUGGCGCCGAGGGGUCAAUGCGCCAUCAGCAGCGGCCUGUUAGAGACCGAGGAAUGAAGAAGGAGAAGCCAGAUGCUCCCCCUUUGGUCAACGGAGUCUCGUAGAUGCAUCACUGGAGGACCUUUCUCAAUUAGACACCUUCAGAAACGAACUCACAGUUCUCUAUCUCAUACACGCCCGCGCGCGCGCACACACACACACACACACACACACACACACACACACACACGAUCGUUCAUUAACCUUCCACAGUUUUUCUGCUUUUUGCUUUUUUUCAGUUUUUGUCACUUGCUUUGUUUAGACAGGAGCUUCCAUCCGCAUGGAAGGUUUUUGAUGAUGAAGACCACUGCCUGUCUGCUACCUCUGUACUGCAGCUGGCUGGUCUGGGACCGAAUGGAAGUUUUCCUCCCACAGUGAGAAACCAAUGAAUCUAAUGUGUAGUUACAUGCAUCACUCUGCUAAAUUAGCUCAAGAAGCAACAUGGAUGCACAUCAUGCUUCACUUUCUUUGCACCACUUAGACCAUAUGGUUGGGGGACUGGUAAACCAUGACAAUUGUAUUGGGAGCACUGCAGCCCAAACAUACUGUAGUCUGACACCCUAGAACUGGCAAGGCGAUGUAAAGCAUGCUUGCAAAUUCACAUGGUAGGUCUGGGUGUCGAUCAAUACCAUCUUCUGUUUGUUCAUACAAAGAUACAUACACACACAUUAACAGAAUGUCCCUCAUCUUCGGACAGUCCUCCUUGCAGCAAAGGCUUAACAGCUUUUUCAUAUCUGUUGCUGCUUUUUGGACAAAUACAAGCAAGAUGAAAGUGUUGGAUUUCAAACACACACAGCACACACGACACACACAUCUCAAUGCAUUGACAUGAUCUGCUCGUUGACAUCUUGUUUUGGAAAUGUCUGCUCCCACUGACUGGACAUGCUUUUACAUCCCAGUUGGCAAAUAAGCAUGCAUCCUCCCCGUGGAUUUUUCCAGGCCCACGUUGAGAAGACUAAAUCAGUGUUGAGUUAAUGUCAGGGUAGAUAAAACCCUUCAUUGAGUUUGAGAAGGAAACAUUUAUAGAUACAUUUUUUGAUCUUUUAUUUACCGUAGUUAUCUUCAAUUGGAAGAACCUUGUUUAGUACACUACUUGGUUCCCUCCGAUGAUUUUUUUCAUAAUAGAUGUGCAAUUUUUUUUGCGGUGCUUUUCAAGUGUCGCCACAUUUUUCUCCAUCGUUUUGUCUCCCGUUGCCUCUGUAUUAGUCCCAUUGGCCUUUUCAAUUGUGGAACACUCGCAUAUCCAUCCAUAAAUCAGUAUCAGCUAACACAAAUCCAUGGCACGCAGAUGCAAAUCUACUCCAACAAAAAGUCUACAACAAGAGUGAACCAAAUCCAUUUCAUGCUGUGGUCAUGUGUGGUAGAACAAAUUCCUCCUUUACGAUAUGUCAUCCAUUAAAUAAUCUGGAAAUUGGUAGUAUGUAACCAGUUUAACAGAAAGGAUCAUGAAAUUAAAUUUAUGAACCAACACUGACCGAAUCGAAGGCAAGAAAAUUCUUAAUCUGGUUUGUGUAACACAAUGCAAUGUCUCUGGCUUGUUGACUGAUGAUAUGCAUGUCAUAGCCAUUCUGUUCCUGUUAUAUGACUCACGUAUUACAUCCUGUUUUGGCAUCAUGCAGCCUGAAUUUUUUUAUUCUUUGUGUGUUUUGAUGAUUCAAGCGGCGCUCCAUUUCCCACAAAAAUUCCUGAUGCAUCUGUCAGGAAAAAGUAACGCAACUUUGAAACUAGAUUCUAAGACUUAUUUGGAUCACAAUCAGUAGUUCCUCUGAGGCUUUUAAAGGUUGUUUACAUCUCUGUGCCUUGGAAUUGUGCAUCUCUGCCCUUUUUACAAGCACUGACUGAUGUAUGAUUUUGUUUCAACUUUUUAGGCCCAUGCAACAUUCUUUUCUGUGCCACUCUGGAUCUAUACAAGUCUCGUCCUCACAACCCAGUUUCUGAGGCCAGUAUUCCUUUCUUGUGCUUGCUUUUACAGAAAUCUGAUUUGUGAUUCUUUUCACUGUUUAGCUUUCACUCUGCAGCCAGGCUGCGUUUUUACAGUUAGCAUUUUCUGUAAUACAUCAAGAAAGUGGUUUGAGUACAAAUAACCUUUUUGCUGUCCUUAAAGCAUCAACAGAAUGAAGUUUUGUUGAAAAGGAGAGGUGGCAUACUGUGUAUAUAAUGAUGUUAUAAAUUGUCUGGAAAAAAAAAAUUGUACUAUUGUUUCAAAUGUGCACUUACCCUUUUCUUUCUUUUGUUGCUGUUUGAUAUCAGUUAAAUGCUAGAUCUCUUUAUAAUAAACUUGCUGUACAAAAGUAUCCUCCAUAGCACGAUUGAGUCACAUUGAUAGUGAAUGUCCAAAGCGCUGCGGCAGAGGUCCAAAACUAGUACAUAUUUACAACACAGAGGAAGAAUUUCACAAGGAAGAAUGAAUAUAUAAACAUAUACUGUAAAGUGUCUCAAGGAAUGAUAAAGAAGAAAAUUAUUACUGCAUUUAAUGUCCAUAAUGCAUUUCCAUAUUAUUACAUUUUAGCAGUGUUUCAGCUGUAGGUUUUUCGUUUAAAAUCUAUGACGGACAUGAGGUUUUAAGCAGUUGUCAGGGGCGAAAUGCAUCAGGCCCGCUGGAAUUGUUUUUGGUUUUGACAAGGCUAAAUCAGUUUUUUCAAGUUUGCUUUGACGAUUUUAAGCUUGCUCUCCACGUAGUAGAAAUCUAGACUAAAAUCAUUUCAUUUUUAAAGGUUGCCAGAUGCACGCAAUCUUUAAUCGUUUCAUUUAUCGUUUGAGAGGUAUAGUGGAGACAUUGCAAAAAAUCUUGAACCUUCAUUCGAAAAUAAAAUACACAUUUACUAUCCAUUGUUGUGACAGAAUCAAAUAUUUGUGAAGAAAACCAUUUUCUUGUUGUUUUAGCAUAUAAAAUGAAAGUAUCUGACCUCUAAUACUCCAUGUCAUCAAUCAACCAGGAAAAUUGUCGUUCAUAGUUUUUUUUUAACACCCGGGAUUAGUAAAAGGGAAGGAUUAAGAUAUGGUGUAUGUCAUGUUACAUUCCAGUUUAAGACUUAAAAAAAAAAAAAAAAAAAAAAAAAAAAAAAAAACUUGUUUUGAAAGUUGAAAUCAACUUUUCAACAGUAGGUUCAUUUGUCCAUUGUUGUGUUCAUAGGGGUCCAUAAUUUAAAAAAAAAAAAAAAGUCACAUUACAGAAAGCAAAGUUUGUGCUAUCAUAGAAAAUGUACAGUGAGCUGGGAGGUGAGAAACUUGCAUGCUGCCCAUGUAUAGUCAGUAAGGAAACGGUGCGAUGGAAUCAUCUUGGCAGAUGAAAGUGUCGUCAUUCUAACACUCCUUCUGGCAAGGUUUAUGCUAAUGUAUCCGUUAAUUGUUAGAAACAAAACUCUUUGGGUGAGUAGACAUGACUGGUCAACUGAAAAAAGUCACGCAUAAAAGCAGCACCAUCAAUGACAACAAUUUAACAGAUAAUAUUCAAUUAUGGAAAUGCAACACGAUUGUCUUAUGGUUUGUGUGUUUAUUCUUUUGGUAAACUCUGUGGAUUCAGGCUCACUGUUUUAAAAAAAAAAACAUGAAAACAUGAAUGCUUCAUCAGGAUAUUAAGUAUACAUGACUUCUAUUGGUAUGUAAUAUUUGCAGAUUGGCUGUUGUCUGUAAAUUCUUCCUUUAUGACUGAUACCAACAAUAGUGAUAGCCUGGAUCAGAGGUCCAAUGGUUAUCCCCUUUCAAUAAACUUAAAAUAUUGGUCUUUACGAGGGGGAAAUGUGUUGGAUUGACUUUUUAGGUAAUUUUACAAAAAAAUGGUUCAACCGAGUUGGAGUAAAUGGAGGUGAACAUGGUUGUUUAAAUAUUAAAAAGUAGUUUUUUUUUUUUUUUUUUAAUGAAGAUGGUGUCUACCUGCUCACUGUUGCUCCGAUCCGAACAUUUUUGAGGAGUGUCACAAUGGUUUGUGAGACGAAUGUUAAAUUCCAAUUAUAGGACUUGAUUUAAAGAAGUCUCAGACUUGUAUGAGUAAAACCUGAUUAUGACUAUUGUAAAUGGCAAUAUUUAAUGACAGAUGGGUAAAUGCGGUCUUAAGAUCCAGAAUUGCUUCCCUCAGUCAGCAUCAACUCCACAACUGAAGGUGACCAACUUUGACUUGUACUUGCUUGCCACGCUGCAGCAAAUAUUUCUUCUCACUCCAGAAUGUAUAAUGCAAAAAAAAAAAAAAAAAAACAA